UUUCCUUGGGUUUGAUCUAGACCGAGGGUAACGUCAUUGGAAACGCACUAGUAUUAAAACUUGCUGCAUCUGCAUCAGUGCUCAUAACAACGUUGCAUAUCUUAUCGGAGAAGAGGAACCGAGAAGUCUUUGACUACAAACACAACAUCAAGAUGAAGAGUACCAUAGCAGUGGCCAUUGUUUUGGCUUUUAUGCAAGUUCAGUUUAUGGUGGCUACAAGUGCAGCUUCAUCUGAUCCAGAAGCGACAUGUAACUCCUGCUGCCAAGGCCUAGCCGGUGUACCUGGAAUCCCUGGGUCAAAUGGAAACCAUGGCCAGCACGGGCUGGCAGGUCCUAGAGGUGAUGCGGGCGUGGGAGGUCAACCCGGGGCUAAAGGAGACGUGGGAUCAGAUGGACUGGCUGGUCAGCCAGGCGCUAAAGGGGAUCAUGGACUGAAGGGGGAGCAAGGAGUCGGUCAACCUGGGAAACAAGGACCUCAAGGUCUGCCUGGGAUAAAUGGUUUGAAGGGGGAGAGAGGUGAACGUGGACCAGCUGGACAGUCUGGGGAAGCAGGUGAGUGUAGUACGCGACGGUCCGCCUUCACUGCAGUGAGGAAUACCGUCUUCAGCCCUCCAUCCGCCUAUGAUCCUCUGCCCUUCGAAGAGUUGUUGUUUUCAGAGGAAGGGACUGAUUUUAACUUGGACAAUGGCAUGUUUACGUGUACUGUGCCUGGGGUUUACACCUUCAUGUUCUCAGUCUUAAAAACAUCAAGUAAUUCUCAGCUAUGGGUUUUUCUUAAGAAGAAUGGUAACACCAUAGUUUCAGGGACUGUUAACGCUGAAGGUUAUCAUUCAUUUAGCAGCAGUGCGGUGAUUUCCCUGAACCAUGGAGAUCAAGUUCACCUAGCUGUACGCGGUCAUAUAUAUAGUAGUACUAACCGUUACACGUCCUUUAGUGGAUUCCUGGUGUACGAAAUCUAAAUAAAACGAAAGGGGAGAUAUAAGUGCCUUCUGGCCACAUCUGUGUCUGGGAAAAGGGUAUAUUUUAAACAUUUAAAAAUAGUGAACAAAAAUAUGUUGAUCUUCUGUUUUCUCUUCUUAAAGGCACAUGUCCUUUUCUGAAAAAAUCGGGGUUUUUACGUCAAACGUCAUAUUUUGUUUGAGUACCUAAAAUUCAUAGUAAUUGCACAAUUUAGUGAAAAUCAGUGAUAAAUGAAUGUCGAAGAAUGCAGUUUACUUAAAUAAAAUACUAAUCUCAAAGUUAACAAGUGUAAAGGCAUAUGCCAAAGUUUUAGCAGUUAUGAUGUGUCACGGGGAGGUAUUGAAUGCCUUUAACGAAUUCAAGUUGAACAGCUAUGAUCAAUAUUUAACACUCAUCUCUUGAAAAACACCAUGCUUGGGUAUUUGCAAGACUCGUUACUGGACCUCUUGACUCAAUAAGUGGAUUAAGAUCAGUAUUGCUUGCUGGAAUUACAGUGCUAAUUUGUUUCAUAACACAGGAACACACAGUUGCUAAUGUCGGCACGUGUGAUUUGUGACGUUGUCUCAUUCUCAUUAAUGUGGCAAAGCCCAGCAACAUGUCAUCAUUUCACAUUUGGUUUUAUUUUUCACCUUUCUAAUGAUAGGCAACAUAAGACUUUGACCCUUUAACUUUUGAUUUACGUUCAACGUUCGCUGUAGUAGUUGUAACUGUAUAACAUUUUCCAUUAUAUUCAAUUGUAACACAGUUAAGUUGUAAUCCUAAAAACAGAACAAACAGAAACAUUGUUUUCCAACUAAAAAUAAGAUGAUUCUGCUCUUAUGUGAAUAAAAAAUGUAAACAUAUUUAAACCCUUUUAAACGUAUAAUCAGAUUAUUA